AUGUCCGCACUACUACACCGCAGCGAUGGUAUGAAAGCCGUGCUCGCGCAGUACCCGAUGACGGACUAUCUGCGGCAGGAGAAGGCUACUGAGAUGUUGUCCAAUAUGCCAGCUGCGCCAGAGUCGACAAUCGAGAACUAUCACACGCCCGCGCGCUUCGAUCUCUCGUACGCGCUAGCUGCGUAUGGCAAGUACUUGACGUAUUUCGGCGAGGAUCCUAAACUGUGGCCGAUCGGACUCAUUGCGGAUGCGGCGGCGAUGCCCCCGACGUGGAUUAUUCACGGGGAGGCGGAUAAAGUGGUGGAGAUUGGGGAUAGUUUGAAGUUUGUGGACCAGUGGACGAAGAACGAGGUCAGGGGCGAGGUUAAGUUGAGUGUGUUGCCGGGGAUGGAUCAUGGGUUUGAUGAUGCGAUCAAGGAGGAUGAGGAGGAGUGGUUGAGGGAGGGGCUGGGGUGGGUUCAGGAGAAGUGGUUGGGAUGA